UAAUAACGAUUUAAGAGUAGCCCUGUGAAUGACGACUAUACGGAUGAUGUGUUUAACGUUCCUAAGUCAGGAGUGACUACAUCGUGGUGAUUUGGAAGUGUUGUAUACGAUAUCAAGCUAUGGGAUAAGUCUAUUGUGGACUAACGAACGUGAUUUCACCAAGAAAUUACAAUUUCUGGAAUUAUUUGAAGUACAGUACAAGAGAGAAAAAAGAGACCCGGCAAGUCGUACGUCAAUGAUAUGCCAAAAUGGCACUAGGAAUCACACGGUGGCCAGGCAUAGGAAUUGUGCUUCUAUUGGGAAUAUUACAGGCUUUUCUUGUUUCUGCCGUUGGAGAUAUUUGGUGGAAUCUUGCUGGAAAGUUUGAGUCGUGGAAGAAUCCGCAGUUAUAUAUCCUUGGAUCCCAGCCCCUGUGCCCUAAGUUAAGGGGCCUGUCCCCCGGGCAGGUGAGGCUGUGUCAACUUUAUCAGGAUCAUAUGCCCAGUGUGGGCAGGGGUGCCCAGCUUGGUAUUGCUGAGUGCCAGGUUCAGUUUGGGCACAGACGGUGGAACUGCUCUACAAUCGAAGGAGAUAACUCCGUAUUUGGACCAGUGUUAGAAAGAGCCAGUCGAGAAGCUGCCUUCACACAUGCUAUAUCCGCUGCUGGUGUGGUACAUGCCGUGAGCCGGGCGUGUCGGGAGGGCGAGCUGUCUCGGUGUGGGUGUAGUAAGGCCAUGCGUCCUAAAGAACUCAAAAGAGACUGGAUUUGGGGAGGCUGUGGUGAUAAUAUAGAGUACGGAUACAAAUUCGCACAAUACUUCGUGGAUGUACGAGAAAAAGAUAAAAACCACAAACGUGGGUCGCGCGAAUUGGCCAGAAUGUUAAUGAAUCUUCAUAACAACGAAGCUGGCCGAAGGGCUGUGUAUAACUACGCCAAGGUAUCGUGUAAAUGUCACGGUGUUUCCGGUUCCUGUAGCCUGACCACGUGCUGGCAGCAGCUUCCCAGUUUCCGGGAUGUCGGAAACCGUCUAAAGGACCGAUACGACGGAAGUUGCGAAGUCCGCUUCAACAGAAGGGGAACAAAAUUGAAGAGAAAAAUUGCGAGAUACAACAAACCAACAAAAGAAGAUAUAAUAUAUUUAGACGAGUCGCCGGAUUAUUGUAACGCUAAUCGUACUACCGGUAGUUUAGGCACGGUAGGUCGUGAGUGUAAUAGGAACUCAGUGGGUAUGGACGGAUGUGACCUCAUGUGUUGUGGGCGUGGCUACAACACAUUCAAACGGAGACUCGUUGAAAGGUGUCACUGUAAGUUUUAUUGGUGUUGCUAUGUGAAGUGUAAGUCAUGUGAACGGGAGAUUGAUGUACACACUUGUAAGUAAAAAAGCACUUCCGGAUUAAAACCUUACCUCCUAACGAAGUUCUCUUUCGUGCUUUGCAUAUCAAGGAUUUCGGAAUCAUGGUGUGUGUGAUCCAUAUCAGAGGAACUCUUCGAACUCCUGGAAGCUGAUUGGGUGAUAUGAAAAAAGAACUCUGUUCAAUUCCCAGUGUCAACUAAAACCGGAAGUGGAACUGUAUUUAGUUGCUUUUAGCCUCUGCAACAGAAAGUGGAGCUUUCUUUAGUUCCGUUUGUUUGCCUAAAAUGGAACUGGGACAAGUGUAAGUUCUUUGUGGCGACCGAUGACAAACAUGGAAUUCGCAUAAUUCUUUGUUGUGAUUUAGGAAAGAGGUGGUUUGAAAUGACUGGGAAUGGAAGUGGCUUGAAGUAACCGGAAACGUGGGUUUGGACACGGAAGUGGAUACAAUAUUGAAACCGUGCAAUUGCUACGUGUCGUAAAGAUAAAUACAGCGGAAGUAAUGUGCACUUUGAAAAGACACGUAUAUACAUGUAUUAACAAGUGCUGUACCACGUGACACUGGUGUAGAUCUCUCAGGGGCUGCCGUACUCUGCAAUAUCGCGCAUGCGCAAUUACAUCCACGUAUUUCAUGUUUGUAUAACUUUAUAUAUCACUCUGAGGUUUUGCUGUGGAUUUUGAUUCCGGUAAUGCAAGGAUGUUACACAAUUCAUCGGUGGUGUUUUCCUUCUAAGAAUUGCGCAUGCGCAUGCAUUCUCCACUGAAGACCUAAUACAGGAUGUAUGUCUCAAGCAUCAUAUGACGAUGCGCAUGCGUAUUAAGUGUAAAUAUAAAAACUUACAUCAUUUGUAAUUGCUGUGUUUUACACAACUUUACAUUUCGUAUCACCUGUAUAUAUUGUUAAUGUGUAUAGGCACUUUGAAUAUAUAUUUAUUACGCAAUUUUCAUUCAAGAUGAUAUGGCAACAAUUACUGUGAAAUAAAAUUAUCUAUAUAUUUGUUCAUUUCGUAAAGGUCCUUUCAUUAAGAACAUAGUAUAGCCGAAACCAACAUGUGAUAAGUUCAAUAGUAUAUUUCUAUUUUAGUUUGUCAUUAAAUGUUGUUACCAUGGUACUUCUUUAUUAUGAGUUACUAAGUAUCCUGGUUCCCAUGAUAGUGCUAAACAUAGAAUUGCCAGCUAAAUGGCUGAGAACAUUCUCGAGCUCCAAACAUGGUAUUGAAUGACCUAAUUUGAAAACUGAUCCUUUAUAUGGUAUACAUAUAAACUUUAUUUAUUUUACAAUAAUUAUAAAACAAGUUAUUUCAACUUAUAUUAAUCACUC